GCGGACCGAGCUGGUGUGAGUGCCACCGCUUACCGGAGUUGAAGGGAGGAAGAUGCGCCUUUCUGUACGGAAACUUGUCUUGGCUGCGGCAAUGAAAUAGGCUACUUGGCACCUGCCACUCCUGCACCUCCAUUUUUCCUGUCCGUUUGGAGGCCGAAGUUCAACCCAAACAAACCAGCUGCAUAGGUGUUUUUGAACAAUGAGUGCUUACACUGUGACUCUCGCCGGACCUGCGCCUUAUGGCUUCCGCCUGCAAGGAGGCAAGGACUUCAACAUGCCCCUCACCAUUUCCCGGAUCUCACCUGGCAGCAAAGCCGCUUCAGGGAACCUGAUACAGGGUGACAUCAUUGUAGCCAUCGAUGGUGUCAGUACCGAUGGAAUGACUCACCUUGAGGCUCAGAACAAGAUUAAGUGUGCCAACUUCAACCUGGCCCUCACCCUGCAGAGGUCAAAGCGUCCCACCCCCGUGCCCAUGACUGCAGCAAGAAUUGAAACUCCAGUCCCAAUCAUCCCCCACCAGAAGGGCCAGCCUAAUCAAAUCAAUGGUGGCCUUUCUGCCCCUGCUGAAACAAACUCCCGCUGCACCAGCAAACAGGAGCUUGGCCUGCCCCUCCCCACAGCGCAGCCCAGCAGAGGAGGGGCCACAUCACCACCUGCCUCAGGGGGCCGGUCAGCCUCCGCCCAAAAGAGACAGCAGUAUAACUCCCCCAUUGGCCUGUACUCAGCUGAGACGCUGAGAGAAAUAGCCCUGCAGCAGGAGAGAAUUAAAAGCCAGGGUCCUGCCGACCCGCUGGGUAGGCUGCGCGUUAAAGACCGUGUUAUAGACAGUGCUUCCCCAGUGUGUCAGGCCGUGGUCCCCAGGGAGGACCAGGAGAUGGGCCCUGCAGAAUGGGCCCGAAGAGCUGCCCAUAUGCAGUCCAGAUCCUUCCGCACCCUCGCCCACGUCACCGGCACAGAAUACCUGCAAGACCCAGAUGAGGAGGCUCUUAGAAAGUCCAGGGAAAGGUUUGAGUCGGAAGCGAAGGGCCCCCGUUUUGCUAAACUGAAACACUGGCACAAUGGCUUGUCCGCCCAAAUCCUUAACCUAGCUGGGUAAAACGCUCCGUACAGGCAGGCCACAGUCUGGAAAGCAGACAGGCAAUGCUUGUGUGAGAGAAGAGCCUCUGACAGAUGAGAAACAGGAGAGAGAGAGAGAGAGAGAGAGAGAGAGAGAGAGAGAGAGAAAGAGACUGGAGUGUUGGCAAGAGAGCAGCGGCUCACUGAUCAUCACAUGGAUAGAGUUCGGAUUUAAGCUCGCUACUCACACUGUGAUGUGUUCUGGUUGUAUUCUGUUCUGCUGAGCGUUGUGGCGGCCAUGUCUUCUCCUCCUCACGCUGUCCCUGUACACAAGUCUGAGCCAUUCAGUGAAUAAAAGCUGUCAAUGAAACCUG